AUGUCUUCGCCCGCCGGAGCUCAACGCUACGUCUUCGACUUGAACACGAUGGAAUUCAUCAUGCCGCCGGGCAACGUGCGCGUGCAGACCGUCAAGGUAACCCUCAUCUUCGACGGCUUCGACGUUGACGCCGAGCUCGAGGAGUUGGAGUUUCUUAAACAGGCGCUCAAUCGCAUGAACUUUGAGGCCGAAGACGAUUGGGAAAGACUCUUUCUAGCUGAGACUAUCCGUCGUCUGGACCUAAGAAAGAAUAUCCUGCUGAACAACGUGAUGAUAUAUCUCAAUGAGUUCUGGCGGGAGAUAGAGUUCAUGGAGCGCAGUGCUCGCUGCCCCAAUUGUGGAAAGCCGUACUACAUCCGCGUGAAGCAGUUCGAGGCCGCCCCGCAGGAGGACGACAAGUGCACCAGCGCCGCUGGCUAA